UGCGCAUGCUCUGAACGAAGAGGGUUGGCCUGGUUCCGGCGCGAAAGCCUGCCUGUGAGUUUACCUCACGCCAUGUUCUUCCUCCUGGGCCUCUUCGCCGGCAUCCUCCAGGCAGACCUCACAACCUCUGAGGAUGCCUGCCACAGAUGUGGGUGAAACGUCAGGAGAGGAUGCUUCUGGAACAUGGCCAGACAGCCCAGAAAACUCACAGCAACCCAGUGAUUCCAGCCAUGAAAUCCUUCAAGAACAGAAGACACUGUGAAGGGCAGAGGGAGGAAGGAAAGAAGGAGAAAAAGAAGGGAAGGAGGAGGAGAAAAGAAGGCCACAAAGAGGGACAGGCUUACACAGGAGUGAACGAACGCACCUUCAUCGCCAUCAAGCCGGAUGGGGUCCAGAGGCAUCUGGUGGGAGAGAUCAUCUGGAGGUUUGAGAAAAAGGGCUUCAAGUUGGUGGCCAUGAAGCUCGUGCAGGCCUCGGAAGACUUGCUGAAGGAGCAUUACAUCUCUCACCGCGGACAAGCUUUCUAUCCCCGCCUGAUCAAAUACAUGAGCUCCGGGCCUGUUGUGGCCAUGGUUUGGCAAGGGCUGGAAGUCGUGAAAGCCGCUCGCACAAUGAUAGGAGAAACGAACCCAGUCGACGCAAAGCCUGGAACAAUCCGGGGGGAUUUCUGCAUUGACAUUGGCAUGAAUGUAAUUCACGGGAGCGAUUCUGUAGAAAGCGCCCAGCGAGAGAUCUCGCUCUGGUUCGAGGCGAAGGAAUUGACCUGUUGGGAAGACACCGCAGAGCACUGGAUUUACGAGUGAAAAGCUAAGCGCGAGUAUUUGAAACAGAGCCCUUUCCACUCUCUUCUGGGUGCUAUCCAAGCUGUUCCCAUUUCUCUAGGAUUUUAAUGAGUCAAAUGCAUGAAGAGAGAUCAGAGGCAGAAGGGAAAAAACCCUUCAUAUUAAAAGAUAGCAAUGCGAAUUUCUCCAUAACUUCCAUUCCAGCUUAGCAUUGUUCAGCUUCAGCCAAAACAUCUGAGGAGCACAGGAGAAAGCGGGUGCUUGUGCUUUUAUGAUUCCCAUCUUUUACCAUUGGCUCUACUGGCUGGGCUUUGGGGAGUUAAAUGGAGACUUGCUUUCUUUUCCAUCUACAGUAGAGUCCCACUUAUCCAACAUAAACAGGCCGGCAGAACAUUGGAUAAGCGAAUAUGUUGGACAAUAAGAAGGGAUUAAGGAAAAGCCUAUUAAACAUCAAAUUAGGUUAUGAUUUUACAAAUUAAGCACCAAAACAUCAUGCUAUACAACAAAUUUGACAGAAAAAGUAGUUCAAUAUGCAGUAAUGCUAUGUAGUAAUUACUGUAUUUAUGAAUUUAGCACCAAAAUAUCACGAUGUAUUGAAAACAUCGACUACAAAAAUACAUUGGAUAAUCCAGAACAUUGGAUAAGCAAGACUCUACUGUAUUUAAAUGCAAGUCUUAUCCUCGUGCUAUGAAAUUAAUGUGCAAAAGAGGUUCCAGGGCUUUCCUUUCUCCAUUUCUUCCUAUUAUUAUUAUUAUUAUUGAGAAAUGUAAAUCUGCUGCUACUUGUUGUAUUUCUUGAACAUCUGCCAAAAGAAAAGACAACCCAAA